CCGACUGGACCGUUUCUUCCACCCAACCCCUCACCUCGUGCUUUCGCGGCGUCGUGUCUCAUGUGCGAUGGGCGAAGUGCUGUUGAGAUCUCACCUGCAGGCGCUACGGUCCCGAGAGAUCAAGGCUUUACAACGUCUCCAGCUGGAGGACAAUGUGAUCGAGUUGAAGUUGUGCGUUGAAGGGCAGGCUCAUCGUUUGAACUUCCUCAUCUAUGAGGUCGAGAGCUAUCCCGACAGCGGCGGCAUCAUGAUGGGGGAGGAUGGCGAGUCCGAGCUUGUGGAGGCGAUCAACGAGCUCUUAGGGGACCGGGAGCAUUUGGAGCUGAACGAAGUGCUUUCUUCAGCCAUGCAGGUCCUCAAGGUGGACGCUCCGGAGCUGGAGCUACAGGACUCGGAUGAAGACCUGGUCUCCGACGAAGGCACCGGCAUCAUGGAUGAUUCCUAUGAGCGGUGCAACCGACCCGGCUGGAAGAAGAUGAAAUGGCAGGAGGUCGAAGAUCAGCGCCUGUCCGUCCGGGAGAAGCGCCGGAAAGGCGAACCUCCGGAACUGACCAAUGAGGAACUCAAGGCCGCGGGCGAACAGAUCUUCAACUCCAAAGAGGCCUUCAGCAUUUUGUCCAACGAACUGUACAGUCUUCAAACUCAGAUGACCCAAGGCAUCCAAGCCGAUGCGGUGGACUUCAACGUCUAUCACUGGGCGGUGCGGCUGCGGGGCUUCGAGGGGUGCUUGGCCGAGGACUUGAAGCAGCUCCAGGCCUCCCAGGGCUACGACUUCGUGGAGCUGCGGGUCUUCUUCAAGGAGGACUUGCACCCCUUCUACCCGCCCAGCUUCGCGCUGAUCCGUCCCAGAUUACAGGGCCGAUACGAUGUCCAGGCGGCGCUCGCCUGCCAUCCGAGGCUCCAGCUGAAAGGCUGGAGCCCCUUCCAGUCCUCCCGCGACUUGCUACUGGCGGUGCAGAGCUUUUUGGGCCGCAUCUCCCGAGUGGACCUUCACAGCGCCCGAAACGACCUGGAGGCGCAUCCAGAGGGCGCCUUCAGCCCGCUGGAGCAGCGCCUGGCGCAACUGCAACGGCUUCGAGGCAUCAAGCCUCAACAGCUGCAGGUGGACGUGCCGGGCAACGCCUACGAGGAUGACCCCUGGGCUCAGAGCUCCGAGCUGGCGGCCUCGUGCUUCGGCGCGCUGGGAGGAAAGAGAAGCCCAGCGCAGACCGGCGAAGGAGAGCCGGAGCGCGCAGGCGGCUGGGCCAAGGGCGUGGGCUAUGGCUCUGAUACCAUCACAGGACGUAGUAGUUGGGACCCUGCUGCCAUGCAUGCUGCGCAGCAAGCACAGGACCUCGAGCUGCGGCAGCUGGUCGCGGCGAUCGGAAGCGACCUGUCUUCCGAAGGCCAGGGCGUUUGCGAGCUGGUCGAGAAGUCGUGCUUGCUUCCGUUCUUGGAAGGAGAGUUGGCGAGCUCCUACAUGGAUUUGGAGGAGCGUCCCAGCUUCUUCCAGGAGGUCCUGAAGUUGGUGGAGGCCAUGUGUCCGCUGCUGCCUCCGCAGAGCCUCGAAGCACUGCGGAGCCGGAUGACCAGCUGCAAGGACUCCGCCGAGACCUUCUUGCAGACGCUGGGCGCGCGCGCGGCGGAGUGGACUGAGGACACCACCUUGGCCCGGAGGGUGGUCCUGGUCGCUGAAACACUUGAGAGGCACUGUGGCAGCCAUCCCGCGACCAGUGUGGCUGAUGGUGCAGGGCAGAGACCCGACUACUGCAAAAGCCUGAAGCCGUUGCAACUGGAUGCUGGCGACAUCGAAGGUGACCACUGCUUCUUGGCCUCCGUCCAGCAGGAGACCUCCGCUCCACAGGCAAGGACCUUGCGGCUGGCCAAGGAGUUCGCUGGGCUGGCUUCGAUGCUCCCACUGAACGCGUCCUCGGCGGUCCUGGUGCGCAGUGGGCAACAACACCAGCAGCUCUGGAGGGCUCUCAUCACGGGCCCAGCUGAAACGCCCUACAGCGGAGGAUGCUUUAUCUUCGACAUUUACUUUCCCUGGAGCUAUCCAAAUACGCCUCCACAAGUGAGGCUACUCACCACAGGGCGAGAUACGGUGUGCUUCAAUCCCAACCUCUACAGCAACGGCAAGGUUUGCCUGUCACUCCUGGGCACCUGGCAAGGCGAGACGGCUGAGCAAUGGGAUUCGCAGACCUCCCGAGCUGUGCAGGUCUUGAUCUCCAUCCAGUCGUUGAUCCUGGUGUCGCAGCCCUACUUCAAUGAGCCAGGCUUCGAGCGGGAGAUCGGCACUGAGCCGGGCGAGCGGCGGAGCCGGGAGUACAACCGGUCGGUGAAGGAGAAUUGCAUCAGAUGGGCGAUGAUCGAUGUGCUCAAGAACCCCAAGAAGGAGUUCACGGAGGCCAUCAAGCUUCAUUUCAAGCUUCAGGCGGAGGAGAUUGAAGCGACCAUCCAAGCCUGGAUCGAGGCCGAGGCGGAGGCCGCUCAUCGGCAGACGCUGCAAAAUCUCUUGGCCAGCUUGAAGGAGGAACUCCAGAGGCUGUGAGAAUGCCGAGUCCGGGCCCGUCUACGGUAGAAUCAGCCAAGAUCUUCAAGUCUGGCUGAAGUGGCGGCUCUGUCAGCCCAUUUUAAAGAUCUGUGUAUAUGCACGAAUGGCCUGGCCCCCAUCUGCACUGAGAAACCUUG